AUGGAUGCGAUCCGUACAUGCACCGUGACGGUUCGUGCCUCUCAGGUUUAUUGGAAUACCGCGAGCGCAGACCAAUCUCGCGAGUCGUCCAUCCUCCCUUGGCUACUCUAUCCACCGUCAUUCGAGGCUGGACCCCCUGACCCAGAGCGCGUUGACGAGGAUGACACUGAUGGUCUCUUGCGAGGGCUUUCCAUGCGCCAACUGCGAGAAGUGCUCGGUAACCGGUCGUUCAAGAUCCAACGAAAGAGACAAGGAGCAUUUGACGAUACCCACCUCCCCGUCGCUCCUUACACCUCGAUCGCCGUUCGCCUGGUCUGCAACAAUGCGUUUGACGUUGCGAUAUACAAACGACUGUGCCGAGUUGCCCACCUUCCCGUCGACUUAUCUCUCUACCCUGUCGCGCACCCAUACUUUUCUCCGAUUCAGUGCGGGCGGCCUUUCAACGAUGGACAGCCGCGUUAUUUGCAGCUUCUGCGUCCCAACGUCGACCAUAUGGUCUCACGCUACGGAUCAGACGUAGCGAGCACGUUACUCGCUGACCUCAAGUCACGACUAGAGGCGCGAGUAUGGUAUGGCGAUGGAGUCGAUAUCGACGAAGAUGCCGUCAAGAACCUGCUCGCCGCUUGGAUUCGACAGUUUAGCCGCAAAGCUCGUGUCCAGCCACUACCCCAUUCCGAUCUCUUUAUGUGCAACCACCUCUACAUAACAACCAGCGCGUUCGUUGCGGACGGGCCAUCUCCGGAGCGAUCGAACAGAGUUAUUCGCCGAUACUGGGAUCACAGGGACUGUUUCCUUCGUGUCCACUUCACUGGUGACAACCAACUCGCGUAUCGCUACGACGCAGAAAUCAACCUGCAAGAAUUGAUCGACCGACGCGUGAAACACUUCCUCCUCGAGGGCGUUUCUGUAGCUGGCCAGCGCUUCGAGUUCCUCGGGGACACCGAUGGUCGAACUAUCAACGCGACGACGAUCAUUCAUGGGCUCGAGUCCUUCGCAGACAACCCGUACGACCCCCAGCUCAUCUUCUGUCCCGCUCGAUAUGCUGCUCGUAUCUCACAGGCAUUCAGUGCCACCGAGUCGUCGAUCGCGGUCGCAGUGGAGGACAAGGAGAUCAUCGACGACAUCAAGGACAGGAUAGGGACAUACUCGUUCACUGACGGGAAUAGUACGAUGUCGCUCCAGGUCGCACGAGACAUAGCGGUCGACCAUUGGUCGACUAGCGUGCGUAUCGCUGGAUCGAAAGGGAUGCUCCAUGUCGACCAUAUACUGGAAGGCGGAAAGAUACGCUUGCCCCGCUCUAUGGUGAAGUUCGCGGCUCCCACCCCGAAUAGCAUCGAGAUUGCGCAGGUAUUCGAGAAGCCAUCCCCGUUCUACCUUAAUCGACCGAUGAUCAUGAUUCUGGAGGGCCUCGGGGUGCCGUACGAAGUCUUCCAGAGGCUGCAAGACGACACGGUCCUUACGACCCAUACGCUCACGGAAUCGCUGGCGAACUCUGGAUGGCUGCUCGAGAUGCACGGGCUAGGUAGCUCGUUUCAGCUUCCAUCUACGGUUCACCGCCUCCAUCAGCUCGGAAUCUCAGUUGCCGAGUUGAACGCGGUUGGCUAUUGGCAGCGAGCGACGACGUUCGCGGUCAACCAUGUACUGCGAGAGCUCAAGUCUCGUGCCCGCAUCCCAGUACCUGGUGGGUGGACCCUGGUCGGGGUCGCAGACGUUCAUGGCCAACUACGCGAAGGCGAGAUCCACGCUCGUGUAAAGCCCACAAGCGGACGCGAGGUGUACCUCGAGGAACCUACACUGAUCACGCGCUCGCCCGCGAUUCAUCCAGGCUACAUACAGGUCGUACAUGUGAUUGGCAAGCCACCGGAGGGGUCGGAUCUUGCCAAGGGAGACUUGAAUAACUGCAUUUGGAUAAUGCAGGUGAAAGGCCGUUACCGUCCUAUCUCGGAGGUGGAGAUCUCGAUGGAGACGUGUACAAUGUCACUUGCGUACCGCAGGAUCUACUCCCUCCAGUUCACCGACUUCAAAGACCCGCAUCGUAUAGCCCUGCGACACGCAAAAUACUUCCACAACCGAGUACCAUGCGCGUUCAUCAUCAGUGACAAUGUCGGCAUUAUUGCAUCAACGUGGCUGAUCCUCGCCGACAGAGCAGGGAUCUUCGACCUGGCACACUGUCUCCGGCUCGCCGAGCUGCACAACGCCGCAGUCGACUACCCGAAGCUCGGGCACACUUGCGGGUUCUCUCGCGGAGAAUCCGACCGUGGAGCAUGUGCCCGCUGGCAAUCGGUCAAGCCCAAAAGAGUGCGCGCCUCCGCCCUACCUGUCUGGCGGGUGAAACCCAUGUGA